GCACUGUCACACACACGAAGGGUUUAAGGAUAUCCCAAAACCCCAGGCCUCCGUUUCCCUCGUCUCUUAUCCUCUGCAUCUGCCAACAAAAAAUCAAAGCAAAGCAAUUGGGCGUGAAGGGAACCAAGACGGAUGAUUAUUCGCCGUUUUGCGUCGAUGCUCCAUCUUUGUAGACUGCCCUCUCCGCCUACUCGAUUCCUCUCCUUCACUUUUCAUUCUUCUUCCCCGCUUCUCAACUCCUCAUCUUCUCCUCUACGUUCGUCGACUUCUUCCCCCCGACUGUGUUUUUUUCGGCCAAAUCAACAUGGCAGGAGGCAUACCAGGGCAUUCGGAACUGCCGGAGUUGUCGCCCCAGCACACAGUGACACAUUCUUCGCUGACGACGCCGUUUCGUGGACAUCUCUCGGCGUAUCGGACCAGCUUUCGCGAGCUCUCUCCGAUGCCGGUCUCGACAGACCAUCUCUGGUUCAGGCUGCAUGCAUACCAAGUAUGCUCUCAGGGACUGAUGUGGUAGUUGCAGCAGAGACUGGUAGUGGUAAAACACAUGGCUACCUAGUUCCACUUAUUAAUAAGCUAUGCAAUGGACCUGGUGAUUCUGCAAAUGCUGAUGCUCAUGAAGGAUUUAAUCAGUUCCCUUCGUUCUCUCUUGUUCUUUGCCCCAAUAUAGCUCUAUGUGAGCAAGUGGUUCGAAUGGCUAACUGUCUUCGUGGUGAUAAUGAUGAGCCACUUCUCAGAACUGCAGCUCUCUGUGGGCGACAGGGUUGGCCUGUUAAAAGACCAGAUAUUAUUGUGUCAACACCAGCUGCUCUUCUGAAUUAUCUUAAAGCAAUUGACCCUGAAAAACGCCGCCGGUCUGAUUUUAUGCGUGGUGUAAAAUCUGUGGUGUUUGAUGAAGCAGAUAUACUUCUUUGUGGUAGCUUUCAGAACCAAGUUAUCCGUCUCAUAAAUUUGCUCCGUUUUGAUGAAAAGCUAUUGUCUCAGAUAAAAGGAUCUGUACCUGAAAGGUCAAUAGAAAUGGAUUCUGAUUCCCCAUCUCAUUUUGAUUUGGAUGAAGGCGAAGACCUGCAUAUUGAAAUCAUCCAGGAAGAGGAGGAAGAUGCUGGUGUUGAAGACUUCAGAGAGAAGAUUGAAGCAGGGGCCAUCAAGAGAAAAGACUGGAGGAGAGUAAGAAAAACUUAUAAGCGUAGUAAGCAGUACAUAUUCAUUGCAGCCACACUUCCCGUAAAUGGAAGGAAAACUGCUGGGGGAGUACUGAAACAGAUGUUUCCAGAUGCUAGUUGGAUCAGUGGGAAUUUUCUUCACUGUCAUAACCCUAGAUUGAAGCAGGAAUGGGUUGAAGUUACAGUUGAUACACAGGUAGAUGCACUAAUAAAUGCUAUGAACAGUGGUUCCAGAUCUAAAUUUCUAGAUUCUGGUGAUGGUGUUAGUCGUACAAUGGUUUUUGCAAAUACUGUUGUAGCUGUUGAAUCAGUGGCUAAGAUAUUGCAAGGAGCUGGAAUUGAGUGUCUUCGUUACCAUUGUGAUUGUUCUUUGGAGGAGCGCGCAGAGAUCUUAACUGAUUUUCAACAGAAAGGUGGUGUUCUUGUGUGCACUGAUGCAGCUGCUCGUGGUCUUGACAUACCUUAUGUUUCACAUGUUAUUCAGGCAGAAUUUUCCAAGUCUGCUGUGGAUUUUUUGCAUAGAACUGGUCGUACGGCUAGAGCUGGUCAAUUCGGACUUGUAACAAGCCUGUAUAAUGAAUCAAGUCGAGAACUUGUUGCUGCAGUCCGCCAAGCAGGGAAACUGGGUCAACCUGUGGAGGAAGCAUUUAGUAGAAAAAGGAGCUUUCGAAAGAAGCUCAAGAAGAGAGUAGGUUCCAGCAUGGUUAGAGUUAGGGAUGCAUCAUUUAUCAACAAUGGAGUUCUUGCUUAAUUCAAUGAGCUUUGGGAAUUUGGUUACAGCGAUGGACUGUAUGUCAAGUAUCAUCUGUUUAGGUGUUUUCAAACAUCAUAUGUUCAAGGACUAUAUAUCAAUUAUCAAUGCAGUUGAUGAAAGAUCACAUGCUGUUGUUUACCCCAAAAAAGGGAAAGAUUAUAUGCUGUCCUCUGUUUUUGUAGGACAGUAAUAGCUUGGUGAUGAUUCUUCCUGCAAUUUGCACAUGAUGGAUGCAUGGUCCAAGUUGAUGGAUGAUUUCAUGUGUUUGGCCCCUGCAUUUCCUCUUUGUGGCUGUGAUAAUUGGCCGUGGCAAAUGCGUCAAUGUGGAACAUUAAAAGUACCGGACUGCUAUUUGGAGCCACAGAAUUUAAGAUUCUGGGCAGACUGCAGUCUCAAUUGGAAUAGACUGGACUGGAAGGGGGACCAGACUGCAGUAGUAGUAAGCAAUUACAAAUGUUAUUGCAGCCACAGAAUUUAAGAUUCUGGGGAUUCUUUUAAAAAUUGUCAUGUCGAAAGAGCAUGAGACAUUAUACAUUGGUGGCCUAAAGCUUAAUGAUUAAAAGCAUUUAGAUCAUGUCGGUAUUGUGAAUCAAGUUUGUGCAGACUUUACAAUGCAGGUGGAACUAGAACUACAGGUUUUGAGUUGGGCAUGGUGACUCUUGAACCAUAGAUCUUGUUUUGAUUUGGGACCCUCUCAAAUAGAGCAUGAUAGUACGUGAUCAUGUUGUAGUAUACGUAUUGUUAUGUACCAUGUUGGAAUCUUUGAUGAACACGUAUUAUUCUAUGAAAGGUCAAUCAGAUAAUUGACUUGUGAGA